CACUGCAUUUGCUGGUGCCAUAAGGUGGUGUACCUUAUUCUUUGUUUGCCAUCAUAUCUAAUCCAUAUUGUCUUAACGAAAUCGCAGACUUCAAACGGGCAAGUAAUAUUUAGGGUGGGUAGAGAUGAUCACCCUAAAUAUAUUCCCUAAAUAAAAUCAUAUUUACACGUUAAUCGACUCACCAUAAGAAACUAGCUCAACUUGGGUUUCUCUCCUCGGAAGCAUUUACAGACUCAUGGAAGCAGCCAUCAAGCGCCGCAAUCGUCUGGGUGGCGGCCGUUUAACUUCAGAGGAAAAAAAACGCAUGUGGAUAUCCAGUAGCGUGUACGGUCCCGGUUGGGAGUACAAAGGAGGCUGGUUAUAUGUCAGCAAGGAACCUGAACCAAGGUAUGUCCAGUUCUCGGAACCAAAGCGCAUCAAGCAAACUGGCACUGACGGGGAAGAAUUCACAAUUAUCCAUACGGUUCCCAUCAGUUGGGGGAGCUGUAGUGGCAAGGCCGAAAUAAGCAAGUCUCCAGUGCUGACCACGCAAGCUCACUCUAAGCCAUACCGAGACCUCAGUUCUUCUGGUGGCACGGCUAAAAUAUCUGAGUGCGACUGGUCAAACUGUUUAAAGGAUCAGGACACCUACUGCAGCAGCUACAGAGGCCCCGGUUCUUCUGGGAGCUAUAGUGGCAAGGCCAAAAUAAGCAAGUCUCCAGUGCUGACCAUGCAAGCUCACUCUAAGCCAUACCGAGACCUCAGUUCUUCUGAUAAACCAGUGACAGAGGCAACAACCUUGAUUCUUAUCGGAGAAGAAAUGAUACAUGUGGUCACUGAUGAGAAAUCUAGUUGCAGGACACAUUCUGACAUGAUUUUGGGCGGAAAUUCCUUAAAAGCUUUUGCUAUUUCAAGCAAUGUGCUAGCUACAAUAGAUGGAGAUCCCGAUACUUAUGUUGACAUGCUUACUCAUGCGAGUGAAAGAGUCGUUCAAGAUACAACUAUUGGUCGAUAUGGAAGCAAUGAUGUUGGGGAUACUACACCAUAUUCCGCUCGUAAAUGUGUCAUUGCAUGUCAGGAUUACCACUCAAACAUGACAACUCCUGAAACAUUAAUAGUUGGUUGGUUUAAUGGUGUGCCUUCUGCAUAUGAAGUUCGUUUUGACAAACCAUUGGUUAAACAUGGUCUGGGAGAUGGAUUUGCCCAUGGAUCUGGUGGAUUAUAUGUUCAACAAUAUUAUGUGAUGGAAGAUCCUAAAUCUAGAUCCGACGAAGAACUUGCACUAAUUGCAAAGCGGGCAGCGGUGUAUUCGGCAUUGAAUAAUCGAUAUUCUAGUGGGAGAGUGCGUUACGUGGAGGUGAGACCUAAUAGCAUUCAUGAAUCAGUUUCUGCGGAUGUUCUUGAGGUACUACAUGAUAAUUACGACAAGUUUAAGACUUACUUGUCUAGUUUCAUCUUUUGUCUUUACCGCGUAAGUGAUUAUGAAUAUGCGACUGACAAUGAGGUAAUGUUAAAUCAAGUAAUCCACCUUCGGUUCGCUUCUGCGAUUCGAAGGUCUCAUGUGGUUCAGACUAAAGAAAAAUAUUACAUCCGCGUCUUACAAUUUGAGAACGGAGAUGUCGCUAAAGAAGAAUUUCAGGCAGUCAAGUUGGAGUGGCAACAACAGCGUGGCUAUGGGCAUACCGCAGAUGUAGAUAUCCAUCCCCGUAUCCGAACAUUGCCGUGGAUCGAGUUUCAUCAAUUACAUAGUGCAGCGGUUACUCCACUCGUCUUUGCUAUGCCCACCAAAAAGAAUGUUAGUCUUUUUCUUGAUCUGUGAUAACUUAAUUAGGAAGUGGUCAUUGAUGUAAUGAUGAUAAUUAAAGCGAGGAUUUGGCAUUGCACCACUCUACAUGGAGGAGGUUAUCAGACUCUUAACUCCAAAUUCAGUUUCAAGUAUGUUCUUAGAGACGUAAAAUUUUUGUGGCAGAUUUCUUUCAUAUCAAAAAGGAAAAAAAUUGUGGCAGACGCUAUUACUAAUUUUGGAAAUCGAGUUUUAGCUGAGGGCUAUGAAAAUUGUCUUGUUAUAACAUCUUAUUGAUCUUAUGGUACAUUCCAUCUUAUUGCCUUGUUCUCAUAGCUACUAGCUUGUGAUGCAUUGAUUCACUUCUCUUAAUCUAGGUUGUCUCAAAUACACAUUGUACUAUGAGAAGACCCCUGAUGCUGAUUCACUUAGAGUUCUGAUGCAAAUGCAUGUACUAGUCAUAGUCAUAUUGUACAUAUCUCGCAUAUACACUUUGUAUGAUGAAAAAGAUGGUUCCAUAUAUAAGAUUACCUAAUUAAAAGCUUCCUUGUAGUUCAAUCAGAAUCUUCGAUCAAGUCAUGACUGAGUUCCAAUCAAGCCUUGAGACAUCCACUAAAUUAUGAACGUAUCCUGGGAGAUAAAUAAUGCCCAUGCAUCACCUACAACCAAAAACCAUCAGUUGUUAAUUUUAUGCGUAGUGUUUGUUUCAUUUUGUAUGACUAAUUUCUAUUGGAACGUAACUGUCAAGAAACUAGUAACCAUAUGUACGUAGAUAUAAGAAAUUUUUACCCGGAGGAUGCAGA